AUGCUGAUUACGCUCUCAAAGAAGAGUAUUGACAAAAGCCAAGCCUUGCAAAAGGCCAUCACAGAUAUUCUUCAAAAUGAGGCCGAAGUAAUCUGCAAAGGACCACAGGAGACCAUCGAGAUCCGAGACAUUGAUGAUGACACGACAAAGGAGGACAUUCAGACUGCCCUGAAAACGGAAAUCGGAGAAACUUGCGAAAUACCACUAGAGGCUAUCAAGAUCCGUAAGGCCUACAGAGGAACGCAAACGGCUACAGUGACACUACCAGCAGCUACAGCACAACAGCUACUGGAAGGAAACGGCAAAAUAAGGAUUGGCUGGGUGAAAUGCCGAAUGAGAGCAACAAAGAGACCGAUACAAUGCUUCAAAUGCUGGCACUUUGGGCACUUUGGAUCACAGUGCAAAAGUGAAAUCGACCGAUCUAAGUACUGCAUAAGGUGCGGAAGAGAAGGACACAAGAUUGCUGAUUGCAAAAAUCCAGCCAAAUGUGUAUUAUACGCUGACGAUCAAGGUGCGCAGGACGCUGCCCACCAUGCUAGCACAUACCCGGUUUUCAAAGAGGCACUCGAGAAAAUGACAAAUAAAUGA